UUACGUUGUGCGUGACGUCACGCCCCGCCCGCAGCCAUGCGUACUCUGCUUGUUAUCGGGUCGCUUGUUAUGACUGGAGAAGGCCUCGGACUCAAUUAAAACUUAUCCCCGGGACAGCCGCAUGCUCAUGGAGGGCAUGGACAUAGACCUGGAUCCGGAGCUCAUGCAAAAAUUCAGCUGCAUGGGCACCACGGAUAAAGAUGUCCUCAUCUCGGAGUUUCAGAGGCUGCUGGGUUUUCAGCUCAACCCGGCAGGCUGCGCCUUCUUCCUGGACAUGACCAACUGGAACCUUCAAGCAGCUAUUGGUGCAUAUUAUGACUUUGAGAGUCCAAAUAUCAACACGCCGUCAAUGUCUUUUGUGGAAGAUGUGACGAUUGGAGAGGGGGAAUCCGUUCCUCCUGACACACAGUUCACAAAGACAUGGAGGAUACAGAACACAGGUACAGAGUCGUGGCCCCCGGGUGUGUGUCUGAAGUAUGUUGGCGGGGAUCAAUUUGGUCAUGUGAACAUGGUGAUGGUGCGGUCUCUGGACCCGCAGGAGAUCUCAGACGUGAGCGUGCAGAUGCGCAGUCCAGCCGUUCCUGGCAUGUAUCAGGGCCAGUGGAGAAUGUGCACAGCCACCGGACUAUUCUACGGAGAUGUGAUCUGGGUGAUCUUGAGUGUGGAAGAGGGAGGCCUGCUGGGCGUCACACAGCAGUUAUCCUCCUUCGAGACGGAGUUCAACACGCAGCCACACCGCAGUGUGGAGGGAGGCUUCAACCCUUUUGCCUCACCACAGAAGAACAAGCAGGACACCAAUGAGGAUAAUCUAAAAGACCCCGGGGGCCCCUGGGAGGCCCCACUGGACUCCAUUCAGCAAGAUCAAAAUGGACUCAAUCACAGCUCUGUAAAUAUUACACCAAAUGGUCUCCAAAACAACUUAUCAGUAGUGACUUACAGCCAGGGCAUUAAUGGACCCUUCCCGUUUGGACAGUCUUAAGAUACAGAAACCAUCCGGUAGCUCAUCGGAGCUGCUGCUUUUGCCCUUUUCAGGGGUUCAGUGAGAGGAGGAACAGAUUUACUCUAAAGACUUGGUGACCCUCCCUCUCCCCCGAUGCAUCACAACAUCACAUAAAUGUGUGGACAAAUCUGUUUGGCUCCAAAUCAAUAUUGAAGCAACACCUGUGUUACGCAUGUGUGAAUGCUAGAUUUAGACGAGUGCUAGAAAUUCUAAAGAGAUAUAAUGAAAAAUACACCGUUUUUUCUGAUCUGUAUUGUCACAUUACAGCAGUAAAUUCAGAUGUGUGAGUGCUUGAAUGCGUAAGAGAAAGAGAGGCAGGGCGGGUGGAUGAAUGAAUGAACAAAUUAAUCCAAGUCAUUUCACCCCAAAAUCAAUAGAAAACCAUAUUUCGCUUAAAGAAAAUAAAGCCUGCUUUUAGGACAAGAUAUUUUGCUUCAUGGCAUUAUUUUCAUGACCAUUUCCACCAAAUUCUCAUUACUGUAAUAAAUACGGACAAUUAUAUUUCUGUAAUUCCCAUUGUUCUCACCUUUAAAUGAAUGUAUUACAUUUCUUUUAAAUGUACUUGCACUGUUUUCUUUUUAAUUAGCCUAACUGAAAUACAACCAAAAUGUACAACAAUGUAUAAAUACUUUCAAUUUAAAUAUAAAAAAAUUUGCAUUAUAACAAAUGAUUAAAUACCAUGAAAAUAAUGUCACAAUGAAGGAAGAUUUAAUGGUCCUAAAAACAGGACUUUGUUUUCUUUAAGCAAAAUAUCAUUUCUCAUUUCUUUUGAUUUUGCAGUGAAAUAUGACUGGGGUUUGUUCUUGACAGGUUUGUGAGAGUCACCUGAAUAUGUGUGCGACUGAGUGUUUCAGCCAUGCACAAAAGCCAUCAACAAAUGAAUGAAGAAUUAAUUCCUGUCAAGUAGUUUUAUAAUUUUUCAUCAAUGUUCUUUGACUUUUACUUCACAAACUGAACCGUUUCAAGUAAAAAAAAAAAAAAAAAGAAAAGAAAGGUCAACGUGCCUAUUUGGAGGUUAAAUGUAAUUGGUAGAAACGACAAAGAUUUCAUAUGGUCCUUUGCCAGCCACUUGUAAUUGCUAUUGAAACCUGCUCUGGAUUCACUAAAAAACCCAGCAACCUGUACAGCGUACAUGAGCACAUAAUGUCUCAUCAUAUUGAAGUAUACAUCUGUACUGCCACUACAGGUCAAGUCAUAGCUGUUGUCAGAGAUGCCCUUACUAUCUUGUUGCUGUUGUCAUAUUUGUUUACAUUGAUGUUUUUCUGGAGUUAUUGAGUGCUGAUGUUGGUUUCCACUCGUGAUGACACAAUCCAUCAGAAUUGAUAGUAAGCAGAUGUGGCUUUGGUUCCCUUGUUUACUGACCUAAGAGUUCACAAGCACAUCAUUGAUUUAUGUUCCCAAUCAUACAUUUCUGCCGUUCACCUAGACCUGCGAUGGUAUUAAGCUUUUUUAAAUGAGCUGAGGGUGUUUUAAUGAGGGAAAGCGUGAGAAUGAGUUCAUUUUAAAGGAAUAUUCUGGGUUAAAUGCCAGUUGUGCUCCAUUGACAGGAAAUUUCGAUUUGUACCUUUCUGAAUUGAAAAUGCAUUGACAUUUUAUGUGCCUACAAUUGAAGUCUAUGUGGCAAGUGCACUGCUUCUGUUGUAAGGGCAUUUCCCUAUACACAUUUUUGCUUUUUUCUCCUCUCUUUUUCUGUUUUACUAAGGUACCAAUUAUUUUCUGUGGUAGCGCCUGCAUUUAAUCAAAAAUAUUCUUUUAAAUUGUAUUCUCUUGAGAUGUUGCUAAAUGUUGAAAUGGUAAAUUUUGAGCUGGAAAGCUCCAAAUAAUAUUUUAAUGCAUAAAGAAUUUUUGUGGAAUUUAUUUGGUUUAAAUCGUGCCUGUGUUUGGUAUGAUGGAAAGCUUCUUGGAUGUUUAUAUCUCGCUAAAUAUAUCUGAAAGGCCGUUUUACUCACCAUUUUCUGUUUUGCUGCAUUGGUUAGGCAAUUUAUAAAACAUAAAACGUUAACAACAGCCUCCUAUAAUGUUUUUCUUUCUUUGUCCGUUUACUAAGAAGAAAAGAUGGAAGCGUUUAAACAAAUUCCCCGGUGUCCUGAAGCAGUAUGCAAAUCAAUGAGUCCAAAUUGACCUUUAUGUCAAGGAAAAAAAGAGAUUGGUGUCAGCAUGUCCUGUUAAAUUUAAUGCGUCAGGCAAUUCUUGUCUGUUUCACCCUAAUUCUAUGCACCUGGAAGAUUUCGACAUUAACGGAUACUGACAUUGCGUCCAAAUUUCUAGAAUUACCGUGGCUUCACUCUUACAUUGCAAAUGAUCUAUGCAGUGUUUUAAGGGACAGUCCCUUCUGUAUUCCAAAAGUUGCACUCACAGUUGAAGCAUAGAAGAAGUUAAUGUUCUGAAACUGGUCGCCAUUCAUGUUGCCGUAAGGACAGAACAACACUGACAUUUCUCCUAGUGCUCGGCCCAUAAACAGCUCAUUGGUUGAUGUCACCGCUUCAUCAGUCAAGUCUUCCUUUGAGCUGUUCUUUGUGAAUGUCCUCAUCCCAAGCGCUGCACACUUCACAGCCUCCUUCCGAUUUAUAAUUACACUCUGGAUUUUUCUCUUUCUCUUUUUUGUUUUGGGGAGGGGGGAGGGGGGUGUUGCUUAUGCAUGUGAGAAGUGUGAUUGAUUCAUUGCUGCGUUUAUUGUCUUUUUUCUGAUUUCUUUUUUUUCCUGUUAGAUUUGUUGGGUUUUCUGCACUGUGGCAUGGUGUAUGACUGAGCGGAGAGUUUGCAUAGAGUCCUAUGAUAGCACAGUGAAAGAGAGAAAAUAUGAAAAGCCUUUUCCUGUAUGUAUAAUUGAACAUUUGUAUGAUUAAAUUAACACUGAAACAAA